AUGCUAAAGCUUAAAGGAGAAUUGCGAACUGCCAAGGGACUGAAAGAUGAGGCCGGGGAGAGAGACAGAGAAGUGAACAACCUGAACAGCAAGCUCUUGAGCCUGCAGCUCGACAUCAAGAAUCUCCAUGACGUCUGCAAGAGACAGGGGAAGACCUUGCAAGAGAACCAGCUGUGUGUGGAGGAGGCCCUGAUGAACAAGAGCCACAACAAGAAGCAAGCCCAGACGCUGGCCUUCAAGGAGAUCCAGGUGGACUUCGGGGCCAAUAAGCAGUGUCACCUGAGGCAGCUGCAGCAGCUGAAGAAGAAGCUGCUGGCCCUGCAGCAGGAGCUGGAGUUCCGCACCCAGGAGCUGCAGACCUCCUAUUGCUCGCUGCUGCAGUACCAGUCCAUCCUGGAGAAGCAGACUUCCGACCUGGUUCUUCUUCACCAUCACUGCAAGCUCAAGGAAGAUGAGGUCAUUCUCUACGAGGAGGAAAUGGGGAACCACAAUAAGAACACUGGGGAGAAGCUCCAUCUGGCGCAAGAGCAGCUCGCCUUGGCGGGGGACAAGAUUAUCUCCCUAGAACGGAGCCUAAACCUCUACAGGGACAAGUACCAGACCUCCCUGAGCAACAUCGAGCUGCUGGAGUGUCAAGUGAAGAUGCUGGAGGGGGAACUCAGCGGAAUCAUCAGUCAGGAGCCUGAGAACAAGGGCGACCACUCGAAGGUGCGCAUCUACACUUCUCCGUGCGUGAUUCAAGAGCAUCAGGAGACUCUAAAGCGACUGUCUGAAGUUUGGCAAAAGGUUUCUGAGCAGGAUGACCUCAUCCAGGAGCUUCGGAAUAAACUGGCCUGCAGCAACUCUUUGGUUCUAGAGCGUGAGGAGGCUUUGAUAAAAUUACAAGCUGACUUCGCUUCCUACACAGCCACCCACAGGCAUCCCCCUACCUCCUCAGAAGACUGCGAGGACAUCAAAAAGAUCCUGAAGCACCUGCAGGAACAGAAAGACAGCCAGUGUCUGCACGUGGAGGAGUACCAGAACCUUGUCAAGGACCUGCGCAUGGAGCUGGAAGCCGUGUCAGAGCAGAAGAAGAACAUCAUGAAGGACAUGAUGAAGCUGGAGCUGGAGCUGCACGGGCUGCGGGAGGAGGCGUCAGCCCACAUGGAGAGGAAGGACAAGGAGACUGCCAUCCUGCAGCACCGGCUGCAGGACCUGCAGCAGCAGUAUACAGAGACACAGAAGCUGGCCCUGAAGAAGGACAAGUUGCUCCAAGACAAGGAUGAGAGGUUGCAUGAGCUGGAGAAGAAACUGGCACAUGUGCAGAACACCUUCAUGGAGAAAGAGGUGGAGCUGGAGAAGCUGCAGCGCAUGACAAAAGACCUCGAGGCAAAUCUGCAAGAGGCCAGGCAGGGCACAUCCAAAGUGGAUUGUGAGGCCUUGCGGUCCGAGGUGCAGAAACUGAAGGACACGCUUGAGGAGACCAAAGAGCAAGCAAAGCUGGCAGAUCAGAACCUCGCCCAGUGUAAGGAGGAAGCACAGCAGGCUGGAAGCAACCUAGAGGAUGCUCACCGGAAAAUCGAGAACUGCCUUCUCCUGGACAAGAAGAAAGCAGACAUCAUCAAGGAUCUGCAGGGUCAGCUGCAGAAGCUGCAGGAGGAGUCUGCAGCAGCUGAAAAGGAGAGAAUAGGCAACAGGAAACGGAUAGAGGAGCUGACCUCGGAACUCUACGAGAGCCAGCGGAGGCUUACAAAUUCUGACAACGAGAGGCUGCUGCUCAAGAAGACGCUAAACGAGAGCGAACAAAGAAUAAGCGAGUUGAGGGAGUCUGCCACAAUUGCUGAGCAAAAGCAAAGAGAGCUAACAAACACCAAAAACAAGCUGGAAGAGGAACUUCAGGAGAUAAAAGGGUUGCUGGAGGAGAAACGGGAACAACUGAAAAGGAGUAAGGAACAGGAAAAGGCCCUGGAGGGAGAAAUUGAGGCUCUGCGACAAGAAGCAAAAAAGAAAGAAAAGAUGGCCAAAGAGCAUGUGAGGAAGCUGGAGGAAGAGAAGGAGAAUCUGCAGACGGAGCUCAGUUCCUGUUCCUCACACCUGGAGUCCUCCAUCAACAAAUACAACAGCUCCCAGAAAGUCAUCCAGGAGCUCAACAUGGAGGUAGCCCGCCAGAAAGACUCCAUCAUGAUCCUGCAGACACAGCUGGACUCAGCUAUCCAGAAAGAAAAGAACUACCUCCAGAACAUGGUCAGCAAAGAAACCUAUGAAGAGGUUUUGCGGAAGUCGGGCGUCUGCCAAGACGACCUGACGCAAGCCCUGGAGAAGCUCACUCAUGCGACCUCCGAGACAAAGAGCCUGCAGCGCAACUUGCAACAGACCCAAGAGAGGAAGGCGCAGCUGGAAGAUGAAAUCAUAGCUUAUGAGGAAAGGAUGAAAAAGCUCAACGUGGAGUUAAAAAAGCUACAGGGCUUCCACCAGCAGAGUGAGCUAGAGGUGCACACCUUUGAUAAGAAACUGGAAGAGAUGAGCAACCAGGUGUUGCAGUGGCAGAAGCAGCAUCAGAGUGACCUCAAGAUGCUGGCCGCUAAGGAGACGCAGCUCCGGGAAUUCCAGGAAGAAAUGGCCACCCUGAAAGAGAACCUCCUUGCGGAUGAGAAGGAGCCAUGCUGCCUACCCCCGAGGACAACCAAAGACGCCUGCAGGCUCCACCGGGACAAUGACCAGAUUAUGUGCAACAUGGAGCAGUGGGCAAAGGAGCAGAAGAUUGCCAAUGAGAAACUGGGAAACAAGCUGCGAGAGCAGGUCAAAUACAUCGCCAAGCUGACUGGAGAAAAGGACCAGCUCCACAAUGUAAUGGUCCAUCUGCAGCAGGAAAACAAAAAGCUGAAGAAUGAGAUAGAAGAGAAGAAGUUAAAGACCGGAAACGCAAGGAUCUGUGCCAAAGCCCUCGGCCCCUGCAAACUGGAACCUUCCCAAAAGGGGAAAAUUUGCAACCCACUGGGCUGGAGAGGAAUAGCCCAGGACGUCACACCGAAAACGGACAUCACCAAGUACAUCGGGGCGCCCCACUGCUCGGAUGAAGGAGACAAAUUACCAUCCCCCAGAUCUGAGAAUUUUGGUGAUAACCCAGUACCUCACAUCACAGAUCUGUCUCCUCCUGACUCAGUCCCAUUGCGAGGUGAAGGGGAAGGAGGGAAGGGAGGAAUAGACUUCUUCCUUCUGUUAUGUGGCUGGACACCCCACAGACUGAGUUUCCCAGCCCUCCACUCAGUCCAGACCUAUGCCUUCUGUUCCUACUACCUCUUUAUUCCAUGA